UGGUAAAUAAACGUGUUUCACAGUAUACUGGGAGCCACUCAAGUUCUGGCAAGCUUCCUGGAAGGACCUGCGAGCUUUCUGAUGACAGCUACACUGUACAUGUUAAUGCUUGGGCAGUUAGGAAAGGAUAUUUCUUUGACAGAUCUAAAAUGGAUAUCAGGUAUGGAAUCACCGUUUUCAUCCUAACAGCAAGUCUUCAGCUGACCUUAGGUCAAGACCUGACAGGAUGUGGUACCACCAAAGGCUGCUACAAGAAGCCAUCAGACUGCACCGGCGAUGACUGCACAGCCUACGUAACAUGGGAGAAUGUUUCAGAUGGUAAUACACGAUUCGCCAUGAGGGCUGCCCACACGCCGAACCUCGCUUGGGUUGCGGUCGGACUUCGACCGCAGAAUCAACCCUCCGGCAUGGUGCCAGCAGACGUCUAUGUAUGUACCAGAACUGGCACAGCUAUUGAACGAACAGAAAACAUCGUAACAGCUCAAAACAGGUGGGACUCGGUGGCUAGAGUGAUACCAGCAGGUGCUGUAACCAACGAGUCCAUAAAUUUUGCCGACAGUGCGAUAACGUGCACAUUCACAAGAAAUGCUAGUGUGGCAGGCGACGGGACUUUCUUUGACAUCAGCGGUAACAAUGCCUACUAUCUCCUUCUGGCUGUAGGCAAUGACCUUAAUGGAGAUGGGUCAAUUUCUGGGACUUACCAUGCGAGUCGUUGGAGUACGCCCAUAGCGUUGAAGCUACAGUCAGAAUUUGAAGUAUCCCCAGAACCAGAGCUGGUUGGUUGUGGAACCACUCGAGGCUGCUACCGGCAACCGUCAACCUGCUCCGGCGAAGACUGCACAGUAUUUGUGACGUGGGAGAAUGUCACUGGCGGACAGACACGGUUUACCAUGAGGGCCUCGCGAGCACAGAAUCUAGCUUGGGUUGCUGUCGGACUUCGACCAGAAACUCAGUCCUCUGGAAUGGUGCCAGCAGACGUCUAUGUAUGUACCAGCAAUGGGACAGCUGUUGAACGAACAGAAAACGUCUUAACGGCUCAAAACAGGUGGAACUCGGAGACUAGAGCUAUACCAGCAGGUUCUGUUACAACACAGUUCAUUCAAUUUGAGGAUAAUGCCAUUGCGUGUGUGUUCACAAGAAGUGCCAGCAUGGCAGGCGACAGUACAUUUUUUGACAUCAGCGGCGACAAUGCCUACUAUCUCCUCCUGGCUGUGGGUGACAAGCUUAAUGGAGAUGGAACAAUUGAUGGGACUAACCAUGCUGAUCGUUGGAGUACCCCCGCAGCGAUGAAGCUACAGUCGGAAUUUGCAAUCCCAACCCAGCCACCAGCAACGGUACCUCCUGGUGAAGACCUGCAAGGAUGUGGAGACACCAGAGGUUGUUUCAGACAGCCGUCGGAUUGCAGUGGCGACAACUGCCUGGCAUACGUGACUUGGCAAGCACUGCAGGACGGUCAGAUACGCUUCACCAUGAGAGGGCAGGCUCAGUCGUGGGUGGCCGUCGGACUGCGGCCGUCCAGUGUGGAAGAUGGCAUGAGUCCAGCAGAUGUGUAUGCAUGCACUCAGAACAGAGAGGUCAAACGGUCAGAAAAUGUCACCCCUUAUGACUCUCCAUCCAGAGAAAUACCUCCGAACACAGUCACCGAACAAGCUGUCACGAUCGAAAAUAAUGCAAUCAGGUGCAUGUUCACGAGACAAGCCAGUCUAGAAGGCGAUAGCACUUUCUACAAUGUCAGUGGUGACAAUCGAUACUUCCUGCUGCUAGCAACUGGAAACAGUAUUAACAAUGACGGUACUAUUGCCGGUCACCAACAUCAGCAAAGAUGGCCCAGCACAGAAACCUUCAAGUUGACGGAGUUUGGCGAAGCAACUGGAGAAACAAGGAUCAUUGCCUUAGCCAAGGCUCAUGCCUCUCUGAUGAUGAUUGCCUGGAUUGGUUUUGCAAGCAUCGGCAUCACUCUGGCCCGAUUCUUCAAGCCCAUGUGGCCAGAGUCCAAACUCUUAGGACAGAAAGUCUGGUUCACGAUCCAUCGGAUAUGCAUGGUGAUCUGUGUCGUGUGCUUCGUUGUUGCCUUCAUUCUCAUAUUUGUCUUUGUCAAAGGCUUCGUCGGUGGUGGAGGCACAGCUGUUGCUCAUGCAAUCUGUGGAAUCAUCGUCACCUGUCUGGGUAUCAUUAACCCCAUCAUGGCCGUCUUCAGACCACACCCAGGAACCCCCAAACGCCCUAUCUUCAACUGGGCCCAUUGGGCUGUGGGUACCUCAGCACACGUGCUAGCAGUGGUGACCAUCUUCUUGGGGAUUGGCUACCAGACUUCCCUUCUGACCGGCCUGGCCAGCUACAGUUUCUUUGUCAUGCUGGCCUUCACCAUUUUCCACAUUGCCAUGUGGAUUGCGUUUGAAGUCCAAAGCCGCGUGGCCGAGAGCCAAGUUGUAAAACCAGCCCCGUCCCAUCCUCCUGAUGUUCAGCCCAAUUCAGACGAACCAGGCCGUAGCAAUGACGUGCCACUAAAGACAACCGGUGGGGAUUCAUCCCAUCAAUUAGCCAGCACUGGAUCCGAGCCACCUGCCGAUGAGUUAACUGAAUUACAGGCUGAAAGGAUGGCAGAGGGAGAGUGUUUAUCACAAAUCACUGAAGAGGGUGCCAUGGUGAAGAUUAUCCUUCUUUUUACCUACAUCGUGGGUGUGGUCAGUUUUCUUAUCUUCCUAGUUGUCGUCGUCGGACUCGCUGGGAACAACAUGUAGAUUUCUCACUCUUUUGCCAAGAUCUGCUCUACUCAAAUAGCUUCAUCUUUUGUAUCGUCCAAGACAUGACAACCAUUGCUUCAUAUUACAACAUAGAUUGGCAGGGAUGUUGAUGUGUUUCUGCAUAGCAAAGUUUAGCAAGUUUUAAGAAAUCUCUUCUCCAUAUUGGGUGCCUUUGGUUUGCUUUAAAAUUUCACGAAUUGUGAAAAUUUGGGACAUGUAAUUAUUUUUAUUGACAAAUUUGUAAUGUACAAGUUUGUUAAAUUCCCUUAGAUUUGUCGCACAUGCUUCAUAUUGAUUUUGUCUUUGUAUGUGAUGGAAGAGAUGUCUGUGUGUAUCAUAGAACGCAACUAUCAAACGGUAAAGAAUUAUGCACAAUGUAUAAGCAGUACAAUCCAGUCUAUACCUCAAUUAUAUUUUUCGGUUUCUGUACUGAAAAGAUUGUAAUAAUUACAACGAAUUGUGUAACAUUGACAAAUUAAGAGAAUUUAAGUGCAGACUUACUGUUUGAAUGUGUCAUGAUAAGAUCGAUUAGAAAUAAUAUUAGACUUAGUGAUAAUGUGACCUAGCCUGACAAAAUGAGUUGGAAGUCACCAAAGCCAAAUGUGAACAAAAAUGCCUUAAACAGAAUCUGCACAGUGUGAAUUAAUGGGAAAUGCUCAGCAUUUUCUUUACCCACAUCGUGUCCAUUUCAUCAGGAUGCCAGGCUUAGUGAUUCAUCUGUAGGGAGAACUCAGUUUGCUCUUUCUGAUCCACACUAGGGGCAAAUAACUGGAAACUUUUACUGAAAAUUGCCAUCUUUUCCAAGGCCUUAUUCUCGAUCAGAAGAGACGAUACGCAAUGGGUUAAAAACUGCCUGUUAUGCAUGACGUGACAUGCAGUUAUAUAUUUUACAUGAAAAAUAAUAACUUUUUAUAAACUCAUUUAUGCACAAAGAGACUUAUCUGAUUCUAUUUUCAUUUCAGAGAAGUGAUGUUAUACAUACAGAUCUGUGGUGCCUUUUGUGUACAUAUUCUUCAUGUAUUCGCACAAACAACAUUUUAUUGUGAGAAGUAAACAAGCAUCUGCUUGGUAUUUUGUACUUCAGUAGUGUCAAGUAAUUUUCCAGCAGAAAAUCUCUUAGCAAAUUUUUGGAAAUAAUUCUUGGACAAUUUUUCUCCUUUGGAAGGAAAGGUAAAUCAAUUUAAUCAAGUUAUUAUCAUUCAUUACAUGUUCAUUGUAUGUAUUGUAGUAGUCACUGCGUGUAUGGUUCCUGCACUGUCCUGUGUUAUGAUAUCAUGAUGUGGUCAGGAGAUUUGAAUGUUAUUAAUUGUGAUCUUCGAUAAGUGCAUUGAAUAGGAGUGACAAUCUAGAAAGCUUGGGAAAGGUUUCUGAACUGUUUAAGCCUUGUUUUCUCUGAAAUUAUGUCAUUGAAGUGUUAUCUUGUCUCUUUAUUCUCUUGCAUAAUUGUGCUCAAAGGUUUUUAGAUUGCUUUGUUUCUCAGAAAUUCAUUCCUUGAACAAUGAGCAAAUGUAAAUGUCGUAAAAAUCAAGUGAAGCCAGGCUUUACGGAUAGUUUAUUUGAAAUUGCUGAGUUUUUUUUAACUGUUUGAAAUUUGAUUUUUAACUUUCAUUUGUGCAACUCCAAUAAAUAUGGUAUGGUUUUUCAUUGUUGAGCAGUACUUUUGCAUAUAUGUAUAUUUAGUUUGUUGCUUAACCUUUGACCCAGUGGCUACUAUCUUAUGAGAAAGGUUGGAGCUGUCCAGACAAAGCCUGUACCCCCCUUUAAUGUGGAUAUGGCUUGAUCUCUGAUGGCGUGUUUCAUGCACACCAAGCGAGGCAUGUUAGCCUGUCGUCAUGGAAUCUCUGGACCUGGUUACCGUCAGUGCCCAUAUCAUAGUCUUGGAAUUCAUGGCAGCAACUUAAUAGUAUGACCUUAAGAUGUUAGUCUGCGUUGUUUUUGUUAUUAAAUUGCUGCAAUCGAACUGUAGGAUUUGCCUUGGUAAAUUUCAUUUAAUUGCACAAUGCAAAAUUGUAUCAUCAAUUUUUUACGUCAUUGUAGUGUCUAUAAAAGGUUCAGUAAUGAA